AAUUCUCUGCCGUUCUCUCUUCGAAAACAGUUGGGGUGAAAAUUUGAUUAUCUUACUUAAACCCCCGACAACCUACUGUUUUCUCCAAUCAGAUCUAAAUCUUUGCUUUUAUUUUUGUCCUUCUCUGGUGAUCUGAUCUUGUCUGAAAAGUUUUGCAAGAUGAGUGAGGUGUUCGAAGGGUACGAACGACAGUACUGUGAACUCUCAGCCAAUCUUUCCCGGAAAUGCAAUUCUGCUUCUCUUAUUCUCGAUGCAGAACAGAAGAAGCAGAAGUUUUCCGAGAUAAAUUCUGGGAUUGAUGAGGCUGAUGUCCUGAUUCGGAAAAUGGACCUGGAGGCAAGGAGUUUGCAGCCAGGGAUAAAGGCAACACUUCUUGCUAAAUUAAGGGAAUAUAAAUCAGAUCUGAAUAAGUUGAAGAGGGAAUUCAAGAGAAUUUCUUCACCUAAUGCUAAUCAGGCUGCUCAUGAUGAGUUGUUGGAAUCUGGGAUGGCUGAUGCGCACGCGGUUUCUGCUGAGCAAAGAGAAAGAUUGUCAAUGUCAGUGGAGAGAUUAAAUCAGUCAAGUGACAGAAUUAAGGAGAGUAGAAGAACUAUUCUGGAGACAGAAGAGCUUGGUGUCUCUAUCCUUGAAGAUUUGCAUCAACAGCGCCAGACUCUUCUACAUGCCCAUAACAAGCUUUAUGAUGUUGAUAAUGCCAUUGACAAGAGUAAGAAAGUUUUAACUACCAUGUCGCGGAGGAUUACCAAGAACAAAUGGAUCGUUGUCUCAAUAAUUAUAGCUCUCGUCCUUGCAAUUGUCUUAAUCCUUUAUUACAAGAUUUCACGUCACUAAUGAAUCUUUGAACCAUUGGGCAACUUACUGAUGUUCUUGUUUGCUUUUUCUGCAAUUUUGUAUAUAUACUUGUUAGCCAUAUGAUGGCAGGCUUCAUCAGCCAUAUGAUGCUUCGUCUUUAUGUAUGUUGAACUGAUAUCGUACAUUUGUAUUGGUUUAUGCUUGGUCACAUAUGCUCUUGUAUUCAAGACGAGCCAUCUAAUGGUGAAACCAUUAAACUAUCGUGUAUCAACAUUGAACACGAGCUAUGAAUUGCAGAGGUGGCAAACGGGUAGGAUUAAGAUUAGGGGUGUAAAUGAUAUAAUGUUUGCAAGCUAAUCGGGGAUAAAAUUUGUAUUCAAUUCGGUCAUUAU